AUGACGGUGUUCCUACGGAAUACAGACGGAGUUCAUCAGGUGGAUGCUGCCUGCUCCCAGAGCCUCACCCCAGCAUCCCUGACCUUCCGCGCGGGCGAGACGUGGCCGUCAGCGUUCGGGCCGGGGCCCGGCACGGCCCCCGAGCGCCCCUCGAGCGGCCCGGGCCGGGCUUCCCCACCCGCAGCGGGCAGCGGCGGCGGAGCUCUGCCCGGGGAACCCGCCGAGGAGGCGGCAGCGGCCGCGGCGCCCGCGUCCCCCGCCGGCCCCGCCCGCCCCAAAACCUGCCCCACAGCCCGCCCCUCAGCCCGCCCCACAGCCCAUCCCACAGCCCGCCCCACAGCCCGUCCCACAGCCCGUCCCACAGCCCAUCCCACAGCCCGUCCCACAGCCCGCCCCUCAGCCCGCCCCACAGCCCGUCCCACAGCCCGUCCCACAGCCCAUCCCACAGCCCGUCCCACAGCCCAUCCCACAGCCCGUCCCACAGCCCGCCCCUCAGCCCGCCCCACAGCCCGUCCCACAGCCCGUCCCACAGCCCAUCCCACAGCCCGCCCCUCAGCCCGCCCCACAGCCCGCCCCUCAGCCCGCCCCAAAACCUGCCCCACAGCCCGCCCCUCAGCCCGCCCCACAGCCCAUCCCACAGCCCGCCCCACAGCCCGUCCCACAGCCCGUCCCACAGCCCAUCCCACAGCCCGUCCCACAGCCCGCCCCUCAGCCCGCCCCACAGCCCGUCCCACAGCCCGUCCCACAGCCCAUCCCACAGCCCGUCCCACAGCCCGUCCCACAGCCCAUCCCACAGCCCGCCCCAAAACCCGCCCCACAGCCCGUCCCACAGCCCGCCCCACAGCCCGCCCCACAGGAGCGCCCAGCAGCGCCACAGCCGGCGCGCCGGGAGCCGGGCGAGGGCGGGACCGCGCCGGGCCGCCCAGGGCCGGGGACGGGGCGGCCCCGCCCGGCAGAGGGGAACGGCCGGGGCCAUGGCCCGGGCCGGCAAGGGGAGGGGGGACCGGGAACGGGACAGGGACACCGGGACAGGGACACUGGGACAGGGACACUGUGACAGGGACACCGGGACAGCGGGAGAGGGAGACUGGGAACGGGACAGGGACACCAGGACAGGGACACCGGGACAAGGACACCGGGACAGGGACACCGGGAGACGGUGAGGAGGAAGAAGAGCAAGAGCAGGAGAAAGACCGAGAGCUCGUCUCUAGAGUCGCUGCUGCUGCCGCCGCUGCUGCUGCCGAAGCGCCGGGGCCGUUGGUCCGUUCGUCGGUUCGUCCGUUUGUCCAUUUGUCCGUUCCCCGUUGGCCCCCGCGCGCCCCGGGGGCAGCCCCGGCUGGAGUCACGGAGCUCCCCUUCAUCCCGCACCCAUGCCGAGACCACGGGCUUUAUUAG